AGAUGCUGGUAUUACAAUACGAGGCAAUAAAGCGGCCUAGAUAGAUAGUAAGAGGCGAGAAACGGUCGAAUGCAUUGCGAGUAUCAAGCAGCGAUCCCAGCUCCGCUUCGAUUGUCAUUAACACCUUGCGAUCCAGAAUCGUGACGUCACCUACACGAUGACGUCAAAGGUGACGACAGGUUUUGAAAAAAAGGUUGAGUCUUAUUCUAUAAAAGGUUGGUCGGCAGCAACAUAAUCAUUAUCGAAGUCGCUUCAGCUUCAUUCCAUUCCUACUUCAAAGCAUCAGCUUCUCAGGUCUUAAAGUUGUAGCUUCAAUAUGUUCAUACAGAACCAAGCAACAAUUAUUCAAUAUAGAAAAAGCAGUUCAGAAAGUUUAUCUUUGGCAUAAAUGUGACGUCAUAGUGACGUACUCGGUAAUAUAUUUCACCGGUGCAAAUUUGCCAAUUAGAUUAAUUUGGUUAAACCAAGGUAUUCGAGAAAUAUGUUUCGCACAGUCGAAUAUCUGCUUGUGAUGUCAUAAGCCAGCAACGUAGACAGACGUAUCUUCAGCUGUCGUUCUGUGACGUCAUAGUGGUAUCGGCGCAUUGUGCCGCGGUCGGCACCCAUGGUCCAGUGACCAUAUAAGUUCAUGUUGUUUUCUUUCCAUCACCAGGUUAUAACUUGAUUAGACUUUCUUACCUGACUUGACCGUUUGCUCAAAAAUGUCGGACUCAGAAGAAUACAGCAGCGAGGAAGAAACAAGCGAGGAGGAGAGUGGUGAAUCCUCCGGUGAAGACGGGGAGGAGGAAACGGGAGAAAUAAAACGAACAAGCCAAGAGGAGGAGAUCGAAACUCAAGAAGUCGAGGAAGUUGAAGAAGAAGAAACUACUGAAGAACCAGAAGAGCAAACCCAGCAAGCGACAACACCGACACCAAAGCUCUCAAUCCCAAAGUUGAUCCCACCCAAGAUCCCUGAUGGCGAACUUGUCGAUCUUGAGGACAUCCACCGCAAACGAAUGGAGAAAGAUAUGGUUGAACUGCAGGGGUUGAUCAACGCUCACUUCGAGCAGAGGAAGAAAGACGAAGAGGAGAUUGAGGAGCUCAGAGUGCGAAUUGAGGAGCGAAAGAGCAAGAGAGCUGAACAGAUCCGCAUCCGACAGGAUCGGGAACGAGAGAGAAUGGCACAAGAAAGGGAAGAGCGAAAACGCAAAGAAGAAGAAGAAGAGUCAAAGAGACAGGAAGAGGAAGCAAGAAAGAAGGCAGCGAUCGCCAACAUGUCUCUCCAUUAUGGUGGAUACUUGGCUCGGGCUGAAAAGAACAAGCCAAACAAGCGACAAACCGACCGAGAAAAGAAGAAGAAGUUGUUGGCUGACCGAAGGAAGCCACUCAACAUUGAUCAUCUUAGUGAUGAUAAACUCAAGGAGAAGGCUCAAGAAUUGUGGGACAACUUGUACAAGCUUGAAGAAGAGAAAUACGAUCACGAGCAAAGAAUUAACCGACAGAAAUACGACAUCAACCAGCUUCGCCAGCGUGUCAACGAGUACAUGGGCAAGUUCUCGAAAUCGAAACGUAACCAGCCAGGCAAGAAGAUUGCUGGCCAUCAAGGAAUCGGUGCAGCCGCAUCUAACUUCAAGUGAUCACCCUCCCAACCCAUGCACGCUUUCACAAAACUUUAAUUCUGUUGUGUUUGCUUUACUGCUAUGUUAAAUACCAGUCGUCUAAACAUUUUGACAUAAAUAGUCUUGAAGGAAAUUGAAGUCAAAUCUUGUUAUAACUUUGUGAAGUCGUCUGACGUUUCUGUGAUAGCGUUGGUUUGAGCAAAUACAAUUCAAUCUGGCAAAA